CUGAAGCGAAAAAAUUUCCAUGGAAGGGGUUUCCUAAGCUCUGAAUUUCAGAUACUCAUUCCGGUAUAUAAAGGAUCGCAAGAGCCGAUAGUUGGCGAGAAACCGCCGUAUAGCGAAAGCAUUUUCUUUGGCAAAGAUGGUAUUGGCGAUGAUCCGAAAGCUUUUCCAGAGGUGCUAGAACAGGAUUUCGAGCCUACAUCAGAAGAAGUGGCUACACUAGCCCUUAUUCGCCUUGCCAAGGAACAUCCUACGGCCACUCUGGUCUGUUUGGGACCGCUCACGAAUGUAGCACUUGCGCUCAAGAUCGAUCCUUCGUUCACCUUCAAGCGUGUCGUAAUCAUGGGAGGAAACUACUAUGGGAUUGGAAACGUGGGCUCAAAUUCAUCGGCCGAAUACAACUUCCAUGGCGACCCUGAAGCAGCGUCCAUUGUAUUCCAAAAGCUGGCUCUGAAUCUAACUGUGAUCCCAUGGGAAUCAUUCUUCCUGGAAGGAUCUAAG